GACAUCAACUUUGUACCAACCUCUUGUUCCCUUCUAAUAUGAGUAAUAUAAUAUAUAGCACUAUUAUGACUUACCUUCAAUACAAAGCACAUAAUAUUAUCUUGAAAUUCUGUUAAACAAUCCUUAAAUUUUCAGCAAAAAAAUGGCAGAUGAAGUUGUCCUUUUGGAUACCUAUGUGAGCAUGUUUGGUAUGAGGGUCAGGAUUGCCUUGGCUGAAAAAGGCAUCCAAUAUGAAUACAAGGAGCAGGACUUGUUUAACAAAACCCCUCUUCUCCUACAAAUGAACCCAAUUCACAAGAAAAUUCCAGUCUUGAUUCACAAUGGAAAACCAAUAUGUGAAUCCCUUAUCAUUGUUCAGUACAUAGAUGAAGUUUGGAUGGACAAAUCCCCUUUGAUGCCUUCUGAUCCUUAUAAGAGAGCUCAAGCUAGGUUUUGGGCUGAUUAUGUUGACAAAAAGAUUUAUGAUACUGGAAGGAAGAUCUGGACUACAAAAAAGGAGGACCAAGAAGCAGCAAAUAAAGAAUUGGUAGAGUGCCUGAAACUGUUGGAAGGGGAGUUAGGAGACAAGCCAUACUUUGGAGGGGAAAGUUUUGGGUUUGUGGAUAUGGCCCUUAUUCCUUACUAUAGCUGGUUCCCUUCUUAUGAGAAAUUUGGCAACUUUAGCAUAGAAGCAGAGUGUCCUAAGAUUGUGGAAUGGGCAAAAAAGUGUGUGCAAAAGGAGAGUGUCUCAAAGUCUCUUGCUGACCCUGACAAAGUCUAUGAUUUUAUUGUUAUGGCGAGACAAAAGUGGGGCAUUGCUUAAAGACAAAAGAUGGAUAUAGAGUGGGUUCUGCGUAAUCAUAUAUAUUGUGAAUCCACUUAUUUAGGUUCUAAAUUCUCUGAUGCUAGAAGAAGUGUUUCAACUCGUUAGACAUCUAUUGUUCGUUUUCGUUUUCCUUUCUUUUGAAUUAGAGGGGAAACUGAAAGGUUGUGGUUGUGAUUGUUUGUGUUGAUGAUAUGCUUAAUGUAGCAAGUAGUAAAAUGCUGUUUAUUACUUGGCAUUUUAUCCAAUGAAUAAUGUAAUAUUUGGAGUUUUUGCUUGCUAUUAAUUAAGAGACACUUUUAUAUCU